UACCUGAGUAUUCCCUUCCCUGCUGCCUCCACUGUUAGCUGUUAGCUGUUUGCUCUCUCAAAGCACCACUCAUGGCCUUCUUUCCAUCCUCCUGCAGACCAUGGAUGCCAUAACAUUCCUUUUCAUGCUCCUGCAAAGCCUCAUCCAGUAUCUUCGUCCUGUAAAUGAUGUUUUGGAUGAAGAGACGUAUCUGCGCAUGGAGCUGCGUGCAAAGCGCUUGGAGCAGAAGAGAAUUCAGCUGGAUCGGGAGGAAGAGCAGCUCGCCGUGAGGCAGAAUGAUGCGGUGCUCUACUUGCUGCUCAUAUGUGUUGCUCUGCUCCUGGUCCUUGUCUUGGUCAUAUGGUUUAUGGGGCAUAAAAGGAGCCUAAGGAGGGAGGAGAAUGAAGAAGAAAAUGGGAGGGCAAAUGAGGAGGAAGAUGUUGGAAAUGAAGAGGAUGAUCGCAUUCAAGAGAACAUAGGAAGGAGGCUGGUGGAGCGCAUCCAGUGGCCUGUCCAGGACCUGCUGGCAGGCUGUGAGUGGACAACUGACCUGAUGGACAAUUAUACCAUUUACUUCGGUCAUGUCUUGUCAAACAGUUUCUACCCAGUCCUGCAGCGAGCCAUCGGGGUGGGCAGCGCCUUUGAAGGUUGGAGUCCCCGCGAGCAGGACGUUGUGUACCGCGUGCUCGUACCCAUGACCCCUCCCCGAGGCCACAGCUUCCACCUGGAGCUGGACACUGCAGGGCGCACGCAGCUGAGGAACUUCCAUGUGCGCGUGCAGCUGGAGUGCACCUGCAGGAGGGAGCAGCAGGGCGACAACAUGCUGUGCUUCCUGCACCACCCCAAGGAGGAGCUGAGGAGGAAUCAGGAUCCCAGCCUCCUGGACACCCUGUGCACCGGCUCCUACCUCGACGUGCAGAAAACGGCCCGCUGGUUCUACCAACUGGUGAGAGCAGUCUGGCCAGCUUUGCCUCAGUCACACGGUUGGCAUUUAACGCUGCUGCCCUCCAGACGCUCCUGCCAAUUCAAGGUGACCAACGGAGAAGAGACCUUCAGGAUUGAGAUGUUGUUUGGGGUAAGGAGAGGCGACUCAGACAUCUUUGUCAGCAGCCAGCCUAGAGAGGCCCACACCCCAAACACAACCUGGCCUGAGACUUAUGCUGUGGCAGAGAUGAAGUUCUUCAAGCACAUUGCCAGGCAGGCCCCCCCCGACAGUUUGCACCUCAGAUGCCUGCAGCUCUUCACCCAUCUCCAGCUAGGCAUAGGCUUUUCCACCUACACUAUGAAGACCAUCAUCAUGCACCUCCUGAACACCAUUCCUGUGUCACAGUGGUGCAGGAGACAUUUCCUGAGGCGACUGAUAAAUAUCAGUGAGAGUCUGCGCUUCUCCCUGGAAGAUAAAUGCCUCAACCACUUUAUUGUGGGCAAUCGGAGGCUUCCUGAAGAGAUCAGUUUGCCCCCAGAUGUUCAAAUGGCUGAGCCUCCCAACUUCUUCCAUCACCUGGCAAUGGAUCCAGCUGCCCAUUUCCAGGCCAUAGGCGAGUACCUGGAUCUGCAACGUCAGCUCCUAACAAUCCUUAACCCUGACGAUUGAAAGAGAUUCUCCAGCACAAAGUUGUGCUGCUCACAGCCAGCAGCAGAGAGGCACGUCAUAGUAAAAGUUUGGUCCUUUAAUGAUAAGAGGAUGCAUGCAAAGGCUCUGGCCAAAGUCCCACAGCCUCUACUGCUGCCUCAGCAGGUGGAGGGCCAAGGGAGAGUUUAUUCCACCUCCUUGAAACUUUUCAUUUCCCAUAAAAAAGACACCCAGAUCUGCAUUAAGCCCCGCCUGAAUUUCUCCACUCCUAAGAGCGCCCCUGAAGAGAGAACAUGCCUCACGUGCAGCACCAAAGUCACCAAAUCCCACUUGCAACAUGCACUUGUUGCCAGCCUUUGAGAAGGGCCAAAAAUUGGAGUGUGAAAGAUGUGGGAAUGUGGGUGAGGAAAAGAAAAAAGAAACAAGGGGCAAGAAGGACCAAGAGGAGAAGUCAGCGCUGCUUGCCCGGGAUGAGUCCAUGGAUGGCGUCGCGCCUUGACUCUGGAAGGGACACCUUUGGGUCAGCUCUGGACCAGCUGUGUUGGAGCUGACCUGAAAUUUUUUCUAUAGAAGAAUCUAGAUUUUUAUUUCAUAGCUAGAUUUAUUUUUAUAU